AUGGAACUCUUCCAGCGGGAGGGAUACUACACGUAUCUUCAGCAAGCUCAAGCUUUUUACACGUUUCCGUUCCAUCAAAUGAUGACUGCAGCGCCCAACAUGGAAAUCAUGACUGAGCAGCCGACUCUAGAGGGCGUUCCAGAGCCAAACAUUGCUCAGGAGCCUCCGAAAGAAGUUAAAAAAGGAGGGAGGAAAAGAAAAGCCAAAGCAACUGAGCCAAAGCAACCCAAAAAGUCUGCUGCUAAAAAAGAAAAAUCAGCCAAGUCAAAAGGCAAACAAGAAAAGAUCACAGAUACUUUUAAAGUCAAAAGAAAAGUGGACCGUUUUAAUGGUGUAUCUGAAGCUGAACUUCUGACCAAGACUUUACCUGAUAUUUUGACCUUUGAUCUGGACAUUGUAAUAAUUGGCAUAAACCCUGGCUUGAUGGCAGCUUACAAAGGACAUCAUUACCCUGGACCUGGAAACCAUUUUUGGAAGUGUCUGUUCAUGUCUGGUCUAAGUAAUGAGCAGCUGAACCAUAUGGAUGACCACACCUUGCCACAUAAAUAUGGGAUUGGAUUUACAAACAUGGUUGAAAGGACAACACCUGGAAGCAAAGACCUCUCCAGCAAAGAGUUUCGGGAAGGAGGGCGGAUUCUGAUGCAGAAGUUACAAAAGUAUAAACCUCGUAUAGCAGCUUUCAAUGGAAAAUGUAUUUAUGAAAUUUUUAGUAAAGAAGUUUUUGGAAUAAAAGUUAAGAACUUGGAAUUUGGACUGCAGCCACACAAGGUGCCAGAUACAGAAACGCUCUGCUACGUUAUGCCGUCAUCCAGCGCAAGAUGUGCUCAGUUUCCUCGUGCGCAAGAUAAAGUUCAUUAUUACAUAAAGCUGAAAGACUUAAGGGAUCAACUGAAAGGCAUCGCACCAAACACGGAGGUGCAGGAGGUGCAGUACACAUUUGACUUGCAACUUGCGCAAGAGGAUGCUAAAAAGAUGGCUGUCAAAGAAGAGAAAUACGAUCCAGGUUAUGAAGCAGCGUAUGGAGGAGCUUACUGUGAUCGUGCACUGUAUGAAAGCGAACAGUGCCAUUUCUCUUCAGAUGGAACUGCAGGAAGCAAUCCGCAGUACUGCGAGGGGUCCUCCUUCGGUGAAGUUCCUAAUGGACAAUGGAUGACGCAGUCCUUUGCCGACCAGAUUCCAGAGUUCGGUGCUGGUAUGACACGGGAAGAGGAGGGAAGCAGCGCGUAAGAGCUGUUUCUUCUCGGCUAUGCAUACAUGCUGCAGUUUUAAUGCAGUGAUCAAGAUUGGUACCUCGGUUCUCCAACUGAAGCAUUUUAAUAGUAUUUUAUCUCCCCUAGUUAUUUUAUUAUAGUCCAAAGUGAGUGUGUGGUAGGCUCAAAUCAAUGAACUAGAUAAUUUUAAGGAACUGUCCAAACUUUUUUAAAAAAAGUUAGCCCUUUUUUGUAUAUGAGUUUUAUAUUUAAUGUAUACCAUUUCUUGCCGUUUUUGACAAAUUGCUUUCUCAUUUGUGAAGAUUUCUUUGGGGCGUUAAUUUUAUUCCACAAAUUGUAAUGUAGUAGUAGCAGCAGCAGUAUACUUUUUACUGAUGCCUCGGUAUUUGGAUAUCUCAUAAUCCUUUUAUAUCCAGAGGGGACAAUGGGAAGUGUACCCUUACCUUACAUGAAGUGGUGUUUUUAAUCGUGCACAGUUAAGCCAAUUGUGCUUUUUAAGUCUGCCUUUUGCCUUCUUAAAAAGUGCAGGAAGUUGUGUUCUGCAGCUGUGAGUACUGAGUAUUUUCUGGGUGGGAAGAGGGAGCUCUCUCUGUUUAGCGACUGGACCAUAUUCAGGAUUAAGGGAGCGGAGACAUCAUCUCAAGUCACAGCACUGGGGAGGAAAAUUUGUGUCACACAGGACAGGGCCUAAAUAUUCUAGCUGAGCUGUCU